AUGGAGGAAGAAGAAGGUAUAAUAGAGGAGAGUGGGAGUACGUUCUUCCGAACAUUAUUCAACUUCACGAAUGCAACUGCAGGUAUCGGUAUAUUAUCAGUCCCUUACGCACUCUCACAGGGAGGGUGGUUAGGCUUCAUCAGCUUAUUCGUCGUAGCGACUGUUUGUUGCUACACUGGAAUAUUAUUACAGAGAUGCACCAAUGGAAAUGCGCAAAUUAAAAGUUACUCGGACGUUGGGGAGCGUGCCUUUGGACACAAAGGAAGAAUAAUAGCUAGCCUUUUUACAUAUCUUGAGCUAUAUUUGGUGGCUAUAGAAUUUCUUAUACUUGAAGGUGAUAAUCUAAGUGAAGUACUUCCCAAAGCAGGCAUUGAAAUGCUAGGCUGGAAUAUCAAAGGAAGAAAAGAACUUAUCAUUCUUGCUGGCAUUAUAGUUUUGCCAACAAUGUUUCUGAGGAAAUUAAGUCUACUCGCAUAUAUCUCUGCUGGUGGGGUUCUUGCUUCCAUUGCAGUGGUUGUUUCAGUGUUCUGUACAGGUGCAGAAAGCGUUGGAUUUCAUCAGAAAGGAAGGCUCUUCAAUUUUAGUGGAAUUCCAACAGCAAUCAGUAUAUAUGCCUUCUGCUAUGGCGGGCACGCGGUUUAUCCAACAAUCUAUGCUUCGAUGAGAAAUAAAAAACGAUUCAACUGUAUUUUGCUUUUGUGCUUUCUUCUUUGCACGAUUAACUACGGAAUAAUGGCGGUAACGGGAUAUCUGAUGUUUGGAGAUGAUGUAAAAUCUCAAGUGACAUUAAAUCUCCGUGCCAAGAUGGUUAGCUCAAAGAUUGCCUUAUACACCACUUUGAUCAACCCCUUCACCAAAUAUGCCCUGAUGGUUGCUCCGCUUGCAAUGGCAAUUGAAGAUAUGCUCCAGAUAAAAAACAGAAUCAUCAGCUCCCUUUUUAUCUUUUCUAUAAGAACUCUUUUAGUUAUUAGCACCGUUGUUGUAGCCUUAACAGUUCCAUUUUUCGGGUCUCUUAUGGCUUUUAUAGGGUCAUUUUUAAGUAGCAUGGUUUCAAUGGUGUUGCCAUGCUUGUACUAUCUAAAGAUUUCAUCCAGUCGUGGUGGUAAAAUAGAGUUGGUUCUUGUUUGGGGGAUUCUAGUAAUGGGAGUCUUGAUUGCAAUCACAGGCACUUAUUCUUCAGUGAAACAAAUUGUAAAACAUUUGUGA